AUCGAUGUUCGAGAUUAUCAGCAGCUAUUGGAUUUACAGGAGAAGAUUACCGCAGAUUUGGGUGAUGUCACUAUUCUGGUCAACAAUGCCGGUAUUUUAACCCUGUCCUCUGUGGAAAACCCUCCUGCCCAUGAAGUUCAACGUAUGAUAAAUGUCAAUUUAACGGCUCCGAUUUAUACAACCCAAAUAUUUCUGCCGAAAAUGAAACAACUUAAUCGUGGCUAUAUUGUUAAUAUAUCUUCAAUAUUGUCCAUGUAUCCUCAUUAUUUUUUCAAUGUUUAUGGAGCUACAAAGGCUGCCUUGCGUUAUAUUACCUCAUGUUUACGCAUCGACUUAUUGGAAUCUGGGAGCGAUGUUAGAGCCAUUACCAUUUGUCCAUCAUUUCUUACCACAAAUAAACGGAUUCAUGAGCUGCUCAAAGUUUUUCGAUUACAUCGACUGUUAUGCGAUAUAGACGGUAGUAUUGUGGCCCAGUAUAUUAUCGAGGCAAUGCUGCGAGGUGAGGAGGAGUUGACAGUGCCUCGGGUAUUCAUACUGUGUUAUCGUUUAUUGGCUUAG